ACAGGUGGAGUGUUGUCAUAGCUACAGCAAACAUAACAAAAUUAAAUCUCGAAAAUGUCGGAUUUUACGCAGAAUAUGAGAAAUGCAAGUCAAGAGAAAGAUCUAAUCGAAAGCUUGGUUUCCAGAACUCAUUUUAAAAAGCCGGAGAUAGAAGCCUUAAUUAAGCAUUAUAAACGCCUCGUUACAUGUGCAAGUUACACGUCCACAAAUAGGAGGGGACUAAUGGACAGAACGAUCUUUAGAGACUUUCUCUUACAACAGUUCCAAAUGACGGACGAUAUUUUUAUGGAUAGAGUUUUUAGAGCUUUUGAUACGGAUAACAACAGUUACGUAAGUGAGGAAGAAUGGGUUACUGGAAUGUCUGUCUUCCUACGCGGCACGGUUCAAGAGAGAGUGAAAUUUUGCUUUACUGUUUACGAUCUAAAUCAAGACGGUUACAUCAGUAGGGAAGAAAUGUUUCAUGUAUUAAAAAACAGCCUAUUGAAGCAAGCCAGCGACGAAGAUCCCGACGAAGGAAUUAAAGAACUUGUAGAUAUUGCUUUAAAGGCUCUCGAUCAAGAUCACGACAAUAGAAUAUCUUUUCUGGAUUUCGAAAAUUCUAACAAGAAAGAUAAAUAUACACUUGUGAUGGAAUUGUUGGGUCCGUGUCUACCACAAGAUUGCCUGCGUGAUGCUUAUGAAGCCACUUACUGCGCUCCAGCUAAUAAACAACCUUUUGCUUGAUUUACUCUUCAAACACAUUUUUUUCAAUGGGAAAUCUUCAACAAGUACGCUUUUCCAGUGUAAUGUGAUGAUACCACAUAAUAAGAAUAUCUAAAAUAAAUUAGAGUGCUUUUGUGGUUAUUCAAAUAAAAUACCUUUAUAUCAUCGCCACAUGAUGCUAGUCAUAGCCUUAAGAGUAAUCUUUAAUCUCGC